CUGAAAGUGAGAAGUAGAGAUUGAUGGCUGCGUGUAAUGAUGGCUAGAACUUAGACUUCAAUAAUACUAUACUAACAGAAGCAAGUAGUAAAACCUUUAUUACAUUUGUGAUUUAUAAGACACUCCAUGUAAACAUGACUCCUAGCUACAAGUACUCUUGCAUUUCCUGGUAAAAGAAGCAGGCCAUUGAACAAAAUCAGGAUGCUGGAUUCUCCGUGUUUAGACUUUACAGAUGAAGAAGUUCGAUCAGAGUUGGAAAAAUUGGGUUAUCCAAAUGUUCCAGAUGAUCAGCUAACACUUUUUAAAAAUGAUCUAAGGAAACUUCUUUUUGAAGAGAGAGGAAGUAGCAGUCCAAGCAGUUUUUCUGCUUUGAGUCCAGCAAGUGUUAGUGAUGCUGAAAGUAGAACUGAUGAACAAAACCCUGCUUACCAAACACCACCAUUUCAGCCAUCAUUUGCCCGUCCACACAUCAUAAGAAAUUACUCUCCAUUUUCUUCUGACCGAGAAACUCAACCAAAAACUUGUGGAAAAACACAGUCGGGUGGUGAUAGUAGUUCUAUUCCUCAGAGUAGUAACACUCCAAAGACAUUAGAUUCAAGCUCAUCAUUACAGAGUUCUGCAAAAGGAAAGACAAUCAAAAGAAAAAUUCUUAGGCACAGAAAUGGUCAUUCAAUCAUCAGUGAAGAGUCGUACGUUACAACAAAUACUGACCUUUCUUCACCAUCAGAUUUGUGUUCAUAUGAUGAUUCUGUGAAGGUUGGAGGAAUUCCAAGAGUUAAAAGGCUGUCACGGUCUCUAGGAGAGUUGAGUCAAAUCAGUCAACGAUCUACUAAAUCAGGUAUUCGACCUGCACCUGGUUACCUUGCUAAAGCAAUAUACAACAAUAGGUGUGAUCCAGUUGCACGCUAUCAUCAAUAUAAACAAUACUGGGACACCUACAAACCCCCUGGUGAAAAAUCACGCAAAGAUCUACGCUGGAAUGUCAGAGGACAGAUGCUAGAAUAUGACGCCGUUGUUAAGGGAAGACCAUUUCAGUAUCCUCCGUAUAGUUUAUGACAGGAAAAAAGUCUGUUAGUAAUUGAUGAUGAAUGACAGGUGAUUUGGUUUUACUAGAAAAAGUGAAUGCAAUAUUGUCUUUUAACUCGCCUAUUUGAGGUACACUGUAAAAAUUUAUUUUGUCUAUUUGUUUUGUACUGUUGUGUGCAUGUGUAUGUAUCUGCCUUCAUGCUAAUAAUUUAUAAUGUGCAACAGUGAGAAAUUUAACUUGGAAAAUUUUUUAAAUAAUUGUGUGGGCUAUUUUGAACAAAUAAAAACUGUUUCUCAUGA